AUAUCUCUUAUUUGAUUUUUCUUUAUUUUUUCCUGGCUCCCUUUAAGCAGCCCUGGACCCGUCCCUCUGGACUGGCAGGACAGGGACUCCCAAAAAGGACACACAGAACAACAUCAGAUAAGAACAAAAGGGGAGACAGAAACACCUUCGUUACACAUCGAAAGACAAGGUGUCGGAGAGAAGAAUAAUAUAACACAUUGCAUGCAAGAAAAGAUAUGCGGAUACCAUGUUCUUCGCUGGUCUUGAUCUAUCCUUGUCUUGGCUGAUACCGUGAACACAUUCGAAGAACAAACUGUUACAUUCCUGCAAGGAAUCAAUCUCGCUUUGCGUUAGAGAGGUAAUUCUUUCAUUUUAUAUCGUCCCCUUCCACAAUGACCGAACAGGAAGAAUCAGCAAUUGAUAACAAGAACUACGAUCCUGAUCGUAUAGCUCCGCAAUUGACCGAUUCAAUACAAUACUUUUUAUCCGAAGUUUCCCAACAGCCACUUCGAUAUUUACCGCCAUGCCACCCAAGACGAAGAAGACGAAGCUCGCCGAACGCCGUGCUGCUGCCACAGCUGGUACGGUUGGGAAAGAUGGGGCUGGCAAUAACAAGAAUGGAGAUGUCUUCCACUUUGUGACCGUGAAUCCCAUAUCAGAGGACCAGAAGCUGGAGAACAGGACCUUGAUCCGUUCACAUGCCAGUAAGUAUAUUUGGAGGCAGCAUCGAGCUGUGCGAGCUGAAAAUACUGGAUCAGGAGGGGCGUCUACCAACGUUAGUAUGAGCGGAAAUGGGAACGGCUCCGGGUUAGCGGUUCGUCAGUAUUCCGCUGCUGAUGCUGGUAAGACGAUGGCAGCGUCUCGACGUCGUGGACAGACAUUAAAGACAUGGUCCGCGGGCGUUAAAGAGGAGACUCCGCCGAGUAAUUCUAGUACUCGAAUGGCAAUGGGCAUGAGUGUGCAUAGAGCUGUUGACAUGAAUGACAGUGUGCCCAGCAUCGAGCCGGCUGUCGUAAACGGGAACUGGAACGAUAUACAUACCAAUGUUGAUACAGGCUGUGACGACCAAGGCGAGGUAGACGCCGACGCAGACGGAGAUGCGGAAGAUGUCUCACGAGACAAUAACAAUAUCCAGGCCAAUGACAGUGUUGUUGUUGUCGACGAAGAGAGUAGCAACUCUGAUGGCUCUCCUCCACCUACUGGCUGUCUUGCCAUAGCACCACACAUAAGGACCCCAGCUUCCAGCGUGGGCAGUAACAACGUCAACCGCCCAUUCAACCAACUUAUACACUGGCUUGAGAACCCUGGUCAGAUAUGUCCGUCGAUACUAGACGAGGGAGCUAUAGGCAGGCUCAUGCGUUACGCUGCCUUUGAUCUCUGGCCUGGCCUCGUCCUGGGCGCAGAGGGUCAGCGCUGGGGCCGCGAAGCUGCAGCCGGUGUGUGGCUACCUCGGGCAAUGGCGAAUCCAGCACUGUUCACCGCCUUCUUGUACGGAGCAGCCGGCCAUAUGCAAACCCGUCGCCGGCUGGAUAGCGUACAGGUCUCCCCUCAGACAAGAGCCGAGAAGAUGGAGCAAAUCGUCUGUGAGACCGAGACAAUCAAGCAGCUGAACAAGAUGAUGAAGGACCCUACCCAGGCGUUUUCCGACGAAGUUGUUCUCGCUGUCUUGUGCAUGGCGUUCAACCGAAUAGAUUACUCUGGCUGGAAGCCCUCUGACCCAUCUCCGAAAGCGCCCCUGAGGAACCUGCAGUGGUUGGAUGUAUAUGGCGGGCUGUCAUUGAAUGACCAUCAUGUCAAGGGGCUAAUGGCUAUCAUCGAGACGAGGGGAGGACUCAAGUCGAUAAAGAUGCCUGGUCUGGCCGAGACUUUAUCUACAUCUGGAGUGAUGCUGUCAACGAAAUACCUGGCCAAACCCCGUCUACCCUUUGUGCCUAUUUUCAAGGAGACAGCCAUAGGUCAGACACCGAACUGGCCAACGCUGAACCCGACGCCUGGCACCAAUGGUUCAGGCUACUCUGGAGGCUCCUCGGGCGAGUCGUCUUCAGCAAUGACCACAACCCUACACUACCUCCUCAGCACUCGACCAAUGCACAACUCCAUCCCUACCAAUCCCCUCUCUCCGAUCCCACCCAACCUACAAGUCAUCCUGCAGAACAUGCGGGAAUACAAUAUUGUAGUCGACCUACAGACCCAGGGCUUGCUACCGAACCUGGAACUGUCUGUUAUUGCCGACCGCCGCAACUAUAUCCAAUACAAUCUGGUCUCCCUACCUGCUUCCUACGAAUUUCCAGACAGCUACAACGCCAUCUACCGCCUGUAUGAACCCUGUCGCCUCGCAGCAAUGGUCUACAGCAUGCUAGUUAUAUUCCCAUUACCUGCAGCCAACCGGCCAUUCAAGCAGCUGGUAGCACAGCUUAUACAAUCCCUGAUAACCGUAGACGGUGAUGAGGGAAGCGGCUGGGCGGCUGAAUCCGGCCAGUGGCCGUGGGAGUACGAACGAGAAGGCAGCCAGGACCUGACCCCCGAGGAAGAGGAGCGGGUGUCGUGUCUAUACCUGUGGAUCAUCGUGAUGGGCGGAAUAGCGUCUCGAGGCAUGGGGCCCAACAGCGAGUGGUUUGCUACCCGGUUCGAGCAGACACUGCAGAUGAAGGGGAUGUCGACGUGGGAAGAGGUGAAGCAGUGCGUGACCUCGAUAAUGUGGAUGGACAGCGUCUGUGACUAUGGCGGACUGGCCUUUUGGAGAGAGACUCGAGACGGCUUCUAGUUCCGUCUACCUGUCUGUCUGCUCUCCCGUCUCUUUAUAUAUGCUCUUUGACUGCCGAUUUAUGCCCCUUUCUUGCGUAUACCAUCAUGAUUGGUGUUUGUUUCUCUUCCUGGUGUCUUGGAAGUAUCUGUCUAUAGGACUGGCGGUAUAUCUCUGCUUUAAAUUUCUGCUCUUAUCUUCUCUUAUCCUCCUCUUCUUCUAUCAUCCCCUCUUCCCAUGCCUAUCCAUAUCAACGUCCCUUCUGCCCCUGACCCUGACUCCCUUAUAGUUAGUCUGACAAGUCUUGCCACUGACACCUGUCACCCCCAGCCCCUGCCAACUCUACUAUCCUGCUCCGCCUACCCACGCCUUCAUUAACGUCAUCGCCUUCACCACCAUCAAUAUCAUCAUCAACAUCUCCAUCUUCUUAUUCUUCUUCUUCUACCUCCAUCUCUUGUCUUUUCGACUUCUUUUCGAUUUCUUUUCUUCCCCCUUUUCUUCCUAUAAAAAGCAACGUCGUGGGGGCCAUGCUUAGUCAUAUGUAAUGUCACGUUUACCAUACGCGUGGGACCUUUUUGCUGCGUUGACCAACCAAAUUUCUGUAUAUCUCAGCUUGUAAGCAGGAAACCGCUUAGUCAUCACUGAAAUCUCUUCUCUCUUUUUUUUUUCGCCUUCAACUUUUUUUUUCUUCAUCUCAAAAUCUUCAACUUCGACUUUUUCUUCUUCUUUCUCAUCUGCU